CUCGGUGUCCCUUCCAAUCGGAGGUGAGUGGGCGGGGCCCAGGGUCCCGUGGUCCGCGGCCUCCUUUCUCUGUGCCCCUCUCGUCUCUUUCCCUGCUUGGCGUGGCCGCCAUCUUGUUCUCGCCGCGUGUUGUCUGCGGAGGGGUUGCCGGACUCAGACACAACAUAAUGAAUCAAGAAAAGUUAGCCAAGCUUCAGGCUCAGGUCCGAAUAGGCGGAAAGGGUACAGCUCGCAGAAAGAAGAAGGUGGUACACAGGACAGCGACAGCUGAUGACAAAAAACUUCAGAGUUCACUCAAAAAAUUGGCAGUAAAUAAUAUUGCUGGAAUUGAAGAGGUGAAUAUGAUAAAAGAUGAUGGAACAGUUAUUCAUUUCAACAAUCCCAAGGUCCAAGCUUCCCUUUCCGCUAACACUUUUGCAAUUACUGGUCAUGCAGAGGCUAAACCGAUCACAGAAAUGCUCCCGGGAAUCUUAAGCCAGCUUGGUGCUGACAGUUUAACAAGUCUCAGGAAGUUAGCUGAACAGUUCCCAAGACAAGUGUUGGAUAGCAAAGCAACAAAAUCUGAAGACAUUGAUGAAGAAGAUGAUGAUGUCCCCGAUCUCGUAGAAAACUUUGAUGAAGCAUCAAAGAAUGAAGCGAAUUAAAUCAUUAAUAGUUCUGGAAGCUGGCAUGGACUAGAUUUAAGAAAUCAGCUAUGUGGUUCCAAAGUUUUACAGAAACAGAGAACAUCACCUGUUAAUAGUUCAGUAAUAUAAAUAUUUUGUAUUUUAAUUAUGCUGUUUGUUCAGCAUUUUCUGUCAGUUGAUUUUGCAUUUUGCACUUACUCCCAGGAUCUACUUUUUCGGUCAAAAAAUAAGAAAUGUCAGUGCAGUUUGAGGGUGUGUGCAUGUGCAUAUGUGUAUGGUGUGGGUGUACAUAUAGUGGAGAACAAAUUGGAGAACAGUUCUAUUUAACCUUCCCUUUGCCCUCAGAAGUAGAAGUAAAACAAAUCUUUACAGUUGUUACUUUUUAUUCCCACCAAAUAGUGCACACAAAGUGGUUAAAAGUGAAAGUCUUACUUGUCCACAUUUCAUUAUUUCAAGGCAUUCUGCCAUUAAGACUUGGGUUUAAUUUGCUGUUAACUAUUGUACUUGCAAAUAUGUAUCUCUUCCAUGUUGAAAAUGUUCACAUGCUAUUUGCUAACAACCUCCUGUUGAUUCCAAAUGAUACCAAAGACAGGAUAUUUACAGCCUGUUUGGUGUGGUAACAUUUUUAAAAAUCAGACCUAGAAGAGUUUGCUUAUUUUUCUUUUUAAAAUUCCUUUCUCUCGCGCUGUCUCCCUCAACUCCUCCUUUAACUUUAGCCAACUCUAUCAGCCUUCAUUUCGAGUCCCUUAUUGUAGAACUGAUGGUUGUUCAACCCAUUCCACAUAGACUAAGCAGUAUGUUCUUCUCUUGAUUAUGUGGGUGUACUUCCCAGGAAUAUUACUUGCUAAUUUUAAGAGAAGAUUAGUUCUCUCUACCAUCCAGAAGAGCUAGGUCGAGUCAAUUCUUGAACUUGGACAUCCAGUUGGUAACAAUUCAUUGUAUUAGUUUUGCACAAUAACAUACUGUUGCUUAAAGGACUUUGUUUGAGCUGUUCCAGUGCCAUAACUGUAGCUACUAGGAGCUGAUAAGGCACUGUCAUUCUCCAGGGCACUAGAAAUUAGGAAUGUCUUGCGGAUGAUAUUUAAUGUGAGAGAAAGAGGUCAUUGAUCAUAUUGCUGUAGCCUCCUGCUGGGCAGUUUGUGCAAUGACUCAAGGGAUUUUUUUGGCCUAUCUAACUUUGCCUAUAACCUACCUCUAGGUUUGGUGUCAUGGCUAUAGUAGCUUAUUAAAAACCACAAACCUUCCAUAGGCAUGCAGAGGACUUUGGAAGUAUCACUGGUAUAUUGCAGUAUUUUCUGAACCUUCCUUCAAAAUGCUCAAUGUGAAUCCCUUUGUCAGAGGCUCUUUAAAGGUGCUUGAUGUAACUUGCAUUACAACAUAGUUGGCAUCACUGUUAACCUGUGUCAAGGGCAGCUGUGGCUUAGGAAAGCCAUUUUUCUCUACAUCUAUCAUCUAAACUAUAGCUUAAUUCUGAGACAUAUCAGCUUUCUACGUAGGUUCAUACACUAGAUAACUGUAAAAUACAAGGCUAUCAGUACAUGAGAGUUCUAGUGACAUCAACGUAAACUGCAAAAGCAGAGCUCUUGUGGUUUGUCAUCUGGACUCAAUUUAUUUUAUAGACUUGUUCAGUUUUCCUGUUAUAUUUUAUAUAAUACAUGGAUCUUACUACAAAAUAAAACAACAAAUACAAAAGAGGAAAUGUUCCCUCUUGUGUGUCAUUUCCUUCUCCCAGUAGCACCUGUUGAGGAACAUGUUGAUGCAGCUGCUGCUUUAAAUAGCAUUACAUUCAUUGUCAUGUUGCAUUUGAUAACUAACAGGAAAGCUUAUUGGAUUGGGAUAGAUCCUGCAAUAUGUUGAGAAAGCCCUUAGGCUUCUCACCUUCUCCACCCCUUUUCCCAUUCGUACUAGAUGGGACUCCCUUCACUCUCAUGGCUACUCCAACCUUCUGCAGAUUGUUGCUCUUGGUUAAUGAAAAUCUCUUAUUCUUUCACGCACAUACAAGCUGAGCAAACUGCCCUUCCAGUGCCUCUUCUGGCCCAGUGAGCAAAGAAAGGAGACUAGGAAACAACCUUUCAGCUUUGCAGAGCACUUCCACUAGUUAAGUGGAAUGAAUGAAGAACAUUUAAAAGUUGCAACUGCACUGACUUUACAAAUAUCCAGCAUAUUUUUUCACUACCAGUCAUUUAGUUACUGAAAAUCCACAUAUUUUAGUAUAAAGCAUUGAUUUCUGAAAUAGCAAGUGUGGUUUAAAAAAAAUAUUUGGAAGAGUAAAAACAGUAAGAAUCUGAGGUAAAAAUUAUUCGGUAAGUUUGCAAUCAGACUUACAGAUUCAUGCGCAAAAGAGAAUCUUUUUAAUUUUUGCUAUUUGGUCAUUGUAACCCUCAUUGCUUACCAGUGUUUGGAAACCAGCAAACUAUAUGGGCUAUGUAAACAUUAUUUUUCUUUUUUUACUGUAUCCGAAAACUGUUGACCACUUUUGAUUUGCUGCUGAAAUGCUAGAGCUUAUAGAAAUCCAUUAAACUGAUUUUAAUUGAAAGUAACCCACCAAGGCUCUUGUGGAAAAUAGCUAGUGUUCCUUUAUAUAUAGCUAGGAAAUGCCUGGAAUAACCUUUGUGCACACAGACAGGGGUAUAGAAAAUUGUGUGUGUAGUAUAAAGGCGCCUAAUUUUGAGAUGUAUGAAUACUACAUUAAAGGUGCCAGGUGUGUGGUUUUCUUUACACUAUGGGAUCCAGUGUAUCCACUUGGAGCCCUGAGGAUUUCCUAUUUACAACUCAUUUCAGUGGUCCAUUCUGAAGGAUAACUACACGGGUCUAUUUAAGAACCCUGUCAUUACUUCCCUUUACCAAGACAUUAUUGUUGAAUUACCUGACGCCCCUUUUCUUUCUUUGUUUAGGCAGACUACAGCACCUGGUAAUCUAGAUUGCACAAGUCAGUAUGUUAACUUAGUUUUCUGCAGGGAGUGAGUUACACGGUUGUGGUGUCCAACUCUUGAGAAAACUCCUGUGCUCAUGAAUCUUCUGCUUCUGGUUGAGAGUUUUGUUGUUGCAGUGAACAUAGCUGUAAAAGGUCAUGGUGGGGAGGGAAAGUUGACCUUGAAUUGGACUCUGUAUUCAUGGGAUGCUAGGGCAGAGUUUGAAGCAUUGGGUUAUGUGCUCGCAGUGACCUGAGAUGCUCUGUAGAUGGGCUGUUGUGGUUUAUACCAGAUGAAGCUGUAUCAGGGUUGUGGCUUUACUCUUAGAUAUAAAGUGAAAUAAUCAAGCUGGAGAUUGCAAGUUGGUGCUUCACUGUAGCUAAGUCUGCCCAAUAAGGUAUGCAAUCUUUUGGCCCACCAAAGAUGGAAGUGGCCAAUUUUUCAUUACUGUGGCUGUUUGGUUGUCAAGUAGCAGUGAAGCAUAUAAAUGGAUCUGAAAGCUAGAAACUGAUGUAACAAUCUGUGGGCAGAUGCCCUUAGUUUUGGGGGAUGUUAAAGAGGAGACAAGUCCUUGACAUCACUCUCCACUUCCCUCCAGCAUCAUUUCCAUUUUGCCUCCGUUCAUCUUUAUCCCACUGAUCUCAGCUAGUCUUUAAGAAAACUGGGAGGUUGUGUUGUUUACUUUUUGACCUUUCCUAACACACGUUUGUCUACAAGGAAGAUAGAGAUGCUUCCUUCACUAUACUGGGUCUUUAAAUAAAAGCAUCAAGUCAUAAAAUUACCAAGCUUCAAUGAAUAUAUUUCUGUAACAAAAUAUACAACAGAAGAAAGUUGGCCUCAAAUUUUCUUUAAAAAACAAUUGUAAAUGUAGUUUGUGCUGAAGGAGCUCUUGUUGGAACAAGUAAUUUGGCUCUUGCCACACAUACUUUCCAUUUGUAAUUAUAAUUGUUCAUUUUAAUUAGCAUAAAAUACCAUUUAGCUUUUCACAGGUUCUUUUUAGAUAUUGGAACCCCGUCAGUACAUGGCCCAAGCCGGGGAAGCUAAUGAUCCAACCAGUAGACCAAAUUCGGUAAUGAAUCCUGGUCACAUCACAUGCCACCUGCGGCACAUUGCGUGUAAGCAUUAAAAAAAAAAAAAGUCCCCACGCAUCUGCACAUGAGGCAUAGCAUUUCACAGUAUAAGCCAUUUCAUUGAGGGCACAGUUAUCAGCCAUAUAACAGAUUUCAUUGCUGUCCAAAAUGCUACAAAAGGGUUGUUCUUCAACUAUUUUUUAACAAAAAAAAAAACCACCCUUAUGCUGUUGACCUUUGAUCCCCACGGCCUUUAAAGGAUUAUAUAGUUAAUGUUAUGUUAUGCUGUCCAAAAUAUUCCUCUUCUUUGAAAUUAGACUUAAUCUAAUCAUCUUAAUUUUAUUUUACUUUUAAACCAUAACAAUUGAAAUUCGGCUGACAUUAAGAUUCUGAUUUUUAAAGCUGCAAAAACCAAAGAAAUUCUGGUUUAAGGCUGAAUCUGUAUAUACAGGGGCUUAAUUGUACUGUAUAGGUAGGCAAAGUGUUCUUUCCAAAGUCUUGUCUCCUGCCUCGAGAUUACCUUCAGGACACUUGAAUGAGAAGAAAAGGGCAUUCAUAUCAAAUGAAGAAUUGGAGAUGACAAUCAUCUUUGAAAUAAUCACUGAAGAACUGAAUAUUAAAAUCAGGAUGAACAUGAAGAAGACCAAAAUCAUGUCAGUUUGAAUGUGAAAAAAACAAAAGAUCAAGAAAUUAUUAAAGCAAGAAUAUUAGGUAAAGAGGUGAAUCAAAGCUUGGUGACUCAUUUCAAGGAACUUUUGCAUCAUUAGGAGGUGCAAGCAUGUUCUCUGUUUUAAAAUGAUCACAUAGUACUUGCUCAAAGAAGAUUGAAGACUGAAACAAUACCAAGAAGGCGGAACAGAAAUGUAGGCUGGAAAUAGUUGUGCUUUCUAUCAAAUUAGAUAGGAGGAUGAUCAAAACUAAACCAAGCGAAGCAUUUUGAUGACUGAAAGAUAAAUACUUAGCACUUGUAUAGUGGUAUGCAACCCCUGUGCUCUCGCCAACUCGGACAGAGUAGAUUAAUAUUUUUCUCCAUUUCCAGAUGAGGGCAGGAAUGGUUUCAGAGAGGUUGACUUCCUUAAGGCAAGAUAGCACAUCAGUGACUUAAAAUAGGAGUUGCCAGGCCAUGCAAAAAAAAAUAAAUCACUACAUAUGUGAUGGCAUGUAAAGCAAGACACAUAAAGGCCAAGUUACAGUCAGCAAUGAGAAGAGGUGAAUUGGACGUUCUUGUUUUGUGAUGGCAACAAUAAGGCUUUUAUCAUGUAUAGAAUGAGGGAGUGAAAAAGAUGUAAGUACCAACACUCUUUGCUGUACAUUCAAUUGAUAUAAAAUAAGGUAAUCUUAAAUAUACA